AUAUCGUUCAGUAUGCACCGUACAGUCGCCGCGUUGGGAGUGUAUGGUUUUCCGUGCUGCGAAAAUCGCCAUUCGAAUGAAUACGAAUGAAUAGAGAUAUAGAGACGAAGAUAAAGGAAUAAAAAAAUAAAAAAAGAUCACCGUUCAAUAGUGCAAAUCUAUAAAUUAGGAAUCGAUGCUUUUAUUCGAUUCGACAAAAAUAAUAGAAGAUAGUGUCCUAUUGAAAAGAGAGAGAAGAUCAUCAGACGUAUUUUUCACUAGCUUCCUAUCUUAUUUUUUUACACUCUCUCUAUUUCUUAACUUUCUUGUGAAACGUACGUAGAUCGUCGUCCUCGUUAAAAAGGGAUCGUCGAAGGGUUCGUUAGCUCGUUGGGUGGAUCCUUGAGAGGUCGCGAAGUGGUAGCGAUUAGGUGGUGACGUCUUUGGGAGCACUCACGUCUUUCUUAAUCCUCGAACUACCUCCCCUAUCAGGGAUGACGGUUUUUGGCGAACAAUGUACCUAACGGUCGAUGGUAACGAUCGAACGAGGGGGUAGCCACGGUGGAAGAAAUAGAUUGCGAAGGAAAGCGAAAGACAAAGAGGAGGGUAGUAGAGCGAAAAAAGGAAAGAGAUAAUAAUUGUUAUGGACACCGACGCGACGAACGAGCGAGUUCGUAUCGUUCGAGGAGGCGGGAAUCCGUCGGUACAAGAAACGAACGACACGCGGCCUGGAGAAAUCGAUCGUCUCGAGUUUUCAACAAGUUGUAAAUCGAGAAACCGCCAUUUGUACGGUUUGCGAGGAGCUAUGCGGUGAAGAAGUGUCGCGAGUGCGUGUUUCGCGGUCGGGACACGAAUCUAACGUGUUUUCUCAGUUUUCCUUUCUUUUUUGUUUUUUUUUUUUUCGUUUCCUUCCAGAUAUAUUCUUGUCCUUCGUACGAUCCACGGAGGACACGAUAACCCGUGCAUUCGUGACUAACGUCGUGAAGUAUCGAUCGCAUCGUCGAGUGAUUCGCGAAAAGAUCCUCGGAAGUUCCUUUCUUAAACGAACGUCGAGAGAUUCUCAAGUGAGUGAUUCGUGCCACCGUAGAUCUAUACUGCGACGUUUCGAGAUCGACGAGUGGAUUCGUUCUUGUGUCGGAACGUUUUAAUCCAGUCAAUACAAUUGGAUAGGAUUUCGAUAAUCGAUAUUAGGUUCGCGAAGGCGAGGCAAAAAAGGGGGACUGUGAUCUAGCAAGGACGACGACAAUGAGGAGUAAGGAGUGAAGGACCACGAGGGUGAGAAAAGAGGAGAGUGCAAGCCUACUGCAUCGGUGGAGUGUUCGAGUCACAGGAAGUGCUUUGAAGAGAGGAACAGAGAGAGAGAGAGAGAGAGAGGGAGAAAGAGAGAGAGGAGGAGAAAGAAAGAUAGAGAGAGAAAGAAAAAAGAAAGAGGAGAUUGUUGAAAGAGUUGCCUGACGAAAAGUGUUAGUGGGUGUUGGUGGGGUGGGAAGGGGGAGGGUGGAGGGGGUUGGGGAGAAACUGGAGGGUAGUCUCGCAAAAGUGAAGGAAAAGUGAGAGGGUGAAGAGGGACGCGAAGAGUUAUCCCAUUUUCUUCUAUUUCUUCUCUCUGGUUGUACUGGGAAUAAAAAAAAGAAAGAAGAGAGAAAGAAAAAAGAAAGAUUGGAAGAAAGAAAGAAAGAAAGAAAGAAAGAAAGAAAGAUAACGGAAGAAAAUUCGAAAAGGCGAAGAAGUCGUGUCGGGGUCACGGACGACGACGCCGACGCGUUGGACCGACUACGUCGAGAUGCCACCAGAUGAAAUGGCCGUCUCCGUCGUUCUCUCGUUUCUUCUCACCCUUUUCCUCGUCCCUUGUCGCGCGAGGAUAACCAAUCAGGAGAUUGUGACAAUGACGGAUGUAGAGGCAGUGGCAGGUGGAAAUGCUAAGUUGCCAUGCGACGUGGAACCACCGGUCUCCGGGGAUAAGCUACAUCUAGUUAUUUGGUACAAGGAGGAGUCAGACACACCUAUAUACAGUUUCGAUACGAGAGGAAGAAGUACAUUGGAACAAGGAAAACAUUGGCAGGAUCGAAGUCUCGAAGGACGUGCCUCCUUCCGUCAUUCCGAGGUACCAGCUAAACUCACGCUCGAGAACGUUCGCGAAAGCGACGCGGCCGUGUACAGAUGCCGCGUCGAUUUCAAACAGUCACCUACGAGGAACAGCAAAGUCAAUUUUACGGUUAUCAUACCACCGGAACAACUUAGCAUAUUGGAUGAAGAUGGAGGAUCUCAUAUUCCCCAUUACAUUCUUGGCCCGUACAGUGAAGGAGCAUCUCUCAAUAUUACCUGUGUCGCCGCCGGUGGUCGACCACCGCCACGAGUAACGUGGUGGCAAGAGAACGCCCUUUUGGACGACACUUACGAGAGCGUAGGCACCAAGAGAGUACGGAACGUUCUAAGACUGGAAAAACUCAGUCGUAAACAUUUGCAUACGAUUUUGACUUGUCAAGCAUCGAACAACAACAUGGUCGCACCGAUAUCCAGCUCGGUUACUCUCAACAUGAAUCUGAAGCCACUGUGGGUUCGUAUGCAAGGAGAAAACCGUCCAUUUAGUGCCGGUACCACGUACGAGAUAGGAUGCGAGGUUGUCGGGGCCAGGCCAAUGCCGAAAAUCACCUGGUCCAAGGGGAGCAUAGCGCUUAGGAAUACGAGACAAACGGUGAGUCCCGACGGCAAUACGACGACGAGCAUGCUAACGUUCGUGCCAAGCAUCGAAGACGCCGGAAAAUUUCUCUCCUGCAAGGCCAGCGUACCGGAUAUCACGGAUUCAGAAAUGGAAGACGGAUGGAAGCUCGACAUAUAUCACGAGCCCGUGGUUACCCUAGAAUUGGGGAGCAAUCUGAACUCGAGCGCAAUCCGAGAAGGAAUCGACGUUUACUUCGAAUGCAACAUCAAGUCGAAUCCUUGGGUUUACAAGGUUUCCUGGCGGCAUAACGGCAAUCCACUGUACCACAACACGGCAACUGGCACGAUAAUAAGUAAUCAGAGCCUGGUGCUUCAGAGCGUGACACGUAGCAGAGCCGGCAUCUAUACCUGCAUCGGUAGUAAUCAAGAAGGCGACGGUGAGAGCAAUCCUCUCAAUUUAGACAUCAAAUUUGCUCCGGUUUGCCACAUUGGACAGACGAAGGUAUUUGGUGUAGCUCGACAAGAGACCACGAAGAUCCCCUGCGAGCUUGAGGCUAACCCACCGGAAGUCUCGUUCACCUGGAAAUUCAAUAAUACGAUGGAAGCUGUCGACAUAGCCCAGGCACACGUCACAAGCGUCGGUACUCACUCGACAGCUUCCUAUACUCCUAUGACCGAACUGGACUAUGGUACUCUACUUUGCUGGGGUAACAACGAUCAGGGCACUCAACUCGAGCCUUGCGUCUAUCAUAUCGUCCCAGCUGGUCGUCCCGACAUGCCGCACAAUUGUUCGCUUCUGAAUCAAACUACAGAUUCAUUUUACAUCGAAUGCAUCGACGGUUUCGACGGGGGACUUCCUCAAAAAUUUACGAUCCGAAUAGAUCGAGAGAUAUCUUCCAGCGGUACCAAAUCGACAACUACGAUCUACAAUCAAACGAGCAAAGCUGCUUCCUUCGCUGUGACCAAUCUCGAGCCUGGUACUACCUAUGAAAUACAAAUUUAUGCGAGCAACACGAAGGGUAACAGCGAAGUCGUUCAUUUUUCGGCCACGACCUUGAACCUGCCAGAAAGGAGAACAGCAGGUGAGAGGCUGGCUCGACCGCCGUCCCCGGAGAAUUGCACGAUCAGAGAAGAGAGCAGGACAACGGUGAGGGUGAGCUGUGCGGAGAGCGAGUACUUCGAUGCGAACACGGCGACCUAUGUUCUUCAAGUCUACGAUGCCGACACGAGACAUCUCUUGGGUUCAGCGACUAGCUUGACGCCUAGCAUGCUCGAGGUGACAAAUCUACCAAUGGAGAGAAGCCAUGCAGGACUCGUUCUCUCUUUGAGGGUUAUGACGGCACAUGCUACCAGCGACGCUACCGUUCUACACAGCCCAAACUUUGUUCAGGAGGGUAAAACGCAGGAGCAUCAACGUUACCCAGCUUUGACUCCAGUGAUGCUGUCGUUAUCGGGUCCAUUGUUAGGUGCAGUAGUAGGUGCUACAGCUGGUCUUCUAUUAGUGAUAUUCGUGAUCGUUCUCGCUGUGAGAUUGCGUUAUCGACCUCGCCCACAAGAGGAUAAGGAUUCCCAUGACGAUGGUGGUAUGGCGAAUCUCGCUGCUUCCGGUGGUACUACAGCCUCAUCGCCACGAGACAAAUCAUCCGUCUUGCCUCUAAGUUCUGACAGCAUCGAAAGUUUCGAAAAGGAUCCCGACAUAAUAUCCCAUACAAACGAAAGUUCUUACGCGGAAAUGUGCAAAGGUACGUCGCCGCGUUACGUGAUACAACCGAAACGAGCUGACGCUUCGACAUUUACAAACAAUGGCUCGGAAUUGACGUAUGCUGAGUUAUCGCUACGGAACAAUAGGCGAAUACCUCCAAAUUGCUAUCAGUCGGUACAGAUGUCGACCCUUCAGAGACCUCAAAUAUUACCAAUGUCAACUGUGAUACGAAGACAAGCGAUGCAACAAGAACCAACUAUCUACACCCAAAUAGCUGGACAUUCGAAAUCCAUUUACGUACCACCACCACAUGCCUACAUGAAUCGAGGUAGCGACGAAUCGACGGUGGAAACUCCAUUAAUCGGACAUGACAAUAAGAUCACAACGAUCAGCCAAUCAGGAAGUUCAAUAUGGCGAACCGACACGCCUCCUCCCAUUAAUGCACCAACAACAUGAUUUCGUGCAAGCAUGCUUAUAACUUAGUAUCGAACCCAAAGGUUUCUCAAUGUACCCGAAAAAUGGACACACAUCGAAUUACGUACGCGUUAAACCUUCGGCCGCGUUCUAAAAAUGAUUUUAGAAAAGUUUUAGACGCGCCUUAUAGAGACAAAAAGACUAUAUCGACGACGACGACGAACGAUGAAAGUAAUGGAAAAAGUUUAGCACCAGAAAAAUGUUUAAACUCGAUGAUACGAUUGAUUUCUCCUUUCUUUUCUUUUUCUUUCCUUUUUUAUUUAUUUUUUUUUUUUUUUUUUGUAAUUAUCGAAAUUAAGGAAUAAAGAAAGAGAGAAACAGACAAAAAAAAAUAUGCGUUCGAUAAAAAAUAGACAAUAGUAUCAUCAAUAUGGACGUCGGACGCCAUCUUUACUGCCAAAUUGAUCGACCAAAAUACAAUUUAAUCACAUUCGAUACUAUUCUAAAACGACAAAUUUAAUUCGAUAAGAAUUCAAGUAACAUUUAGAAAAUUAAGUGUAAUAUUCGAUGUUAUUGUUUAUCUUAGUAUAUAUCGAAUUGAUUUUUUAGCAAAGAUUGAUUUAUUCCAAAAAGUAAACCGUAGACGUGAGGUAUAGAAAUGAAUAUGACGAAAAGUAUAUAUAUAUAUAUAUAUAAAUAUAUAUAAUCACCAUUUUGAAACGAGCUUCUUUUUCCAGCCGUCCGUAUGUCGACAUGUCGUACGAAACGUCGAAAGUCUAAAGAAAAGAAACACGAGACGAUCGGUUUGAUUAAAAAGUAUGACUGAUUUCCAAGAUUGUUUCUUUCUCUUAUCGAAACAUACUAAAAAAAAAAAAAAGUAAAAAAAGAAAGAAAAAAAAAACAAAAAAUACGAAUGUAUGGAUCUCUUGAUGUUCAGAAAACACAGAUCGCAAACGAGUACAAUUAAAGAUAAAGAAAAGAAGAAUUAGAAAUAAAAAAAAAGAAGAAAAGAGAGAAAGGAAAGCGAAUUUAAUUUAAAAUAAUCUAAUCGUAAACAAGAAGUCAAUGUUAUGGAGGAGGGAUGUAAAUGGAGAUACAAAAAAAGCUAGGGAAAUUAAUAUUUGUCGAAGAAAAUUAAUUUUGAGAAAACUCGAUAAGAAAUAAAUUUGAAAGAAGCAAAAUCGUGAUAAAAAGGAAAAAGGACUGGAAUAAUAUGCAUGAUUGGGGAUAAUAGGUGGGGUUAAGUGGGAAAAAUGGAAGCUGUCGCAACCUUCGUGUUUAACUCUAAGUAUAGUUUACGUUAGAUAGACUUCUGUCUUUAAGGAAUAAUAUUUAAGAAGAACAACAAUUUUUUAUUUCAUCGUCGUAAAUAUUCGAAAGGAAAAUUCGCAUAAAUAUCGAAAGUGUUGAAAGUAUUUUAUCGCGAAAUAUUUUUUUCAGUUUUUCAAAACUAUGCGAUAAAAUAAAUAAACCCGAGUUUAAACAAAUCGAGAUUAAUCUUUCUUGUUGCUAUAUAUAUACGUAUACAUAUAUAUAUAUAUAUUAUUUAUUGUUAAAGGAGAAAAUAAAUCUAUAAAAAAAUUUGACUUCUCGAUAUUAGAUAUCAUUGAUUCGAGUUUGAAACUUUCGAACAUUUGGAAUAUGAAAAAGAAUGCAUAUUUCUUUCUUCUUCUUCUUCUUCUUUUUCUGCAUCCCCAAGUAAUUCGCCAUUAUGUGAUAUAAAGGCUACACUCGUUAAACGUCAUCAAAUAACAAUUUACGGAUAUAUCGAAUUAUAAUCGUGAAACGGCAAGACGACAAAUGGUUAUAAAACCAUUAAAGUACUCAUCGAUUUCGUUGCAAUUUGCACGAUUUGUCAAGAAGACUGAAAGAUGAAAUAAAGAGAAAGAGAGAGAGAGAGAGAGAGAGAAAAGGAAGAAAAGAGAAAAUAAGAGAGAGAGACGGAGACAGAUAUACAAAAACAAAUCGACAAGUGUCAGGAGUAAAAGAAUGAAUAAAUGAAUAAAUAAAUAAAUAAAUAAAUAAAUAAAUAAAUAAAUAAAUAAAUAGAUAAAUAAAAGGGAGGAGAGAACGAGCGUAACACGCGGAAUGUAUAUUACUCGUACGUGCCAUAAAUUAAUUAAUUAUUGGAAUGUGGUGUUGCUCGGACGACUUUAGUGUUAUAUUGUACAUCUAAAUAGUAUAAAAUUUAGCGCAGUACGUGUUUAAAGCGACAAUUAUGAACAUUCUCUCGUUUAUUGAAAGAUAUAUAGACGUACGAAUGACUACGUCGAUAUCGAUCGAAGAAUUAAUGUGUCGAUCGGGAAGAAAAAGAACAGAAGAACAAAAAAUAAAUAAAUAAAGAAAUAAAUAAAUAAAUAAACAGUUUUAUUCGUACUUAAGAAAUUUAAAUAUUAUAUUUUUAGGAAGAGUCGUGUUGACGAAAACUUUUAACGCCGAGACUAGAGGAUAAAAUAUCUCAGCGUGAAAGUGUAUGAAUACGACGCCUCUCGUCUCUCUAUUAAAACUUUUUAACCUUCUUUCAUUAUUAAAAAAAAAAAAGAAAAGGAAAAAAA